AGGCCACCGCUUUACCGAGAACCGUUGGGAAGGGGCGGAGAGAAGCAGUGUACGACGGGAGGAACCACCAAUCCCGAUGCUUGAGAUGGCCCGGCGCCCCACCUUUCGCCCCCUCAGCGCCCUUUCCUCCCCCUUCCUUCCUGACGUCACCGCCUGCGUGGGAUUUUCCUCCCUCUCGUAGGCCAGAGCUGUCAGCACCAACCGAGUGGCUCCCUAACUCGCCUCCUCCCGGGUCUGGGUGUCUCGCUUUGUCUCAGUCGCCGGGGGUUGGCUGUUUAACCCCAACCCCCAGCCCACCCCCAGUCCCGGAUCCACCGAAACGUGAAGCGGCUGAAGAGAGCAGGACGGUUGCUUAGGAACUCUAUUUUGAGAACCUCUCAAAACGAAAAAAAAUCAUGGAGAAGAAUGGGAACAAUAGAAAACUCCGAGUUUGUGUUGCUACAUGCAACCGAGCUGAUUAUUCAAAACUUGCCCCUAUCAUGUUUGGCAUUAAAGCAGAGCCUCAGUUCUUUGAGCUUGAUGUGGUAGUACUUGGAUCUCACCUAAUAGAUGACUAUGGAAACACAUAUCGUAUGAUUGAACAAGAUGAUUUUGACAUUAAUACAAGGCUACACACCAUAGUUAGGGGUGAAGAUGAGGCAGCCAUGGUGGAAUCAGUAGGUCUUGCAUUAGUGAAACUACCAGAUGUUCUUAAUCGUCUGAACCCUGACAUAAUGAUUGUUCAUGGUGAUAGAUUUGACGCAUUGGCUGUGGCUACAUCUGCUGCCUUGAUGAAUAUUCGUAUUCUUCAUAUUGAAGGUGGAGAAGUAAGUGGGACCAUAGAUGACUCUAUUAGACAUGCUAUAACCAAAUUGGCUCAUUAUCAUGUGUGCUGCACCAGAAAUGCAGAACAACAUCUGAUAUCUAUGUGUGAAGAUCAUGAUCGCAUCCUUUUGGCAGGCUGCCCCUCAUAUGAUAAACUCCUUUCAGCCAAGAAUAAAGACCACAUGAGUAUUAUUCGUAUGUGGUUAGGUGAUGAUGUAAAACCAAAAGAUUACAUAGUAGCACUACAGCAUCCAGUGACUACUGACAUUAAGCAUUCUAUAAAAAUGUUUGAAUUAACAUUGGAUGCACUUAUCUCAUUUAAUAAGAGGACGCUAAUUCUGUUUCCAAAUAUUGAUGCAGGAAGCAAAGAGAUGGUUCGAGUGAUGAGGAAGAAGGGUGUUGAGCAUCACCCCAAUUUCCGAGCAGUUAAACAUGUACCUUUUGACCAGUUCAUACAACUUGUAGCUCAUGCUGGUUGUAUAAUUGGCAAUAGCAGUUGUGGGGUACGAGAAGUGGGAGCAUUUGGUACCCCUGUGAUCAAUCUAGGAACACGACAGAUUGGAAGAGAAACAGGUGAAAAUGUUCUUCAUGUUCGAGAUGCUGAUACUCAAGAUAAAAUACUGCAAGCUCUGCACCUCCAGUUUGGCAAACAGUAUCCUUGUUCAAAGAUAUAUGGGGAUGGGAAUGCUGUUCCAAGGAUUUUGAAGUUUCUCAAAUCUAUUGAUCUCCAAGAGCCACUGCAAAAGAAGUUCUGCUUUCCCCCUGUGAAGGAAAACAUCUCUAAAGACAUUGAUCAUAUUCUUGAAACCCAAAGUGCCUUAGCUGUUGAUCUAGGUGGAACAAAUCUUCGAGUUGCAAUAGUCAGUAUGAAGGGUGAAAUAGUUAAGAAGUACACUCAGACCAAUCCCAAAACCUAUGAAGAAAGAAUUAAAUUAAUUCUACAGAUGUGCGUGGAAGCUGCUGCAGAAGCUAUCAAACUAAAUUGCAGAAUUUUGGGAGUGGGCAUUUCCACAGGUGGACGUGUAAAUCCUCGUGAAGGAAUUGUAUUACAUUCUACCAAACUUAUUCAAGAAUGGAGUUCUGUGGAUCUGAGGACCCCCAUCUCUGAUACAUUGCAUCUCCCUGUCUGGGUAGACAACGAUGGCAACUGUGCUGCGUUGGCAGAAAGAAAAUUUGGUCAAGGAAAAGGACUGGAAAACUUUGUGACACUUAUCACAGGCACAGGAAUUGGUGGGGGCAUCAUUCAUCAGCAUGAGUUGAUACAUGGCAGUUCCUUUUGUGCAGCUGAACUCGGACACCUCAUGGUGUCUUUGGACGGACCUGAUUGUUCAUGUGGGAGUCACGGGUGCAUUGAGGCCUAUGCCUCUGGGAUGGCCUUGCAAAGAGAAGCUAAGAAACUACAUGAUGAAGACCUUCUCUUAGUGGAAGGAAUGUCAAUGAAAAAAGAAGAAACUAUCAGUGCUUUUCAUCUCAUUCAGGCAGCUAAGCUUGGCAAUGCAAAAGCUGCAAGUAUUCUUAGAACAGCUGGGACAGCUCUGGGCCUUGGGGUCGUGAAUAUCCUUCACACGAUAAAUCCUUCCCUUGUGAUCCUCUCUGGAGUCCUAGCGAGUCAUUACGUUAACAUUGUUAAAGAUGUGAUCCGACAACAAGCCUUGUUCUCAGUUCAAACGGUGGAUGUUGUUGUUUCAGACUUGGUGGAUCCUGCCUUGCUUGGAGCUGCAAGUCUGGUGUUAGACUAUACUACACGGCGAGUGCAGUGAUGGACACUGAGAUAAGUAGCUGAGGAAAGUUCUUAAAAUGGGAUAGUCAAUUAUUUCUUUUUUAAUCAAAUGCAUCAUUUUAGCCACCAAUUACUUUGGCUUAUAAAUAUGCACUUUUGUUUCUUUGUUUAGCCUUCUAUUUCAUGUCUACAUUUACUGUCCAUCCAUGUACUGACAGAUGCUAGACCUCAGAAUACUGUAUUUAGAAACCAGCACACUCUCUGUGCCAAAGAAAGCAGCAAAAUAGAUCUGGGCUAAUUUUUACAUCAUAGUCCAUAAUAUGUUUUUUCUUUUUAAGUUCCAUAUGUUGAUAUAACGUAGCACAGACAAGUAGUAACCUGCUUCUUUUCAUCCCUACCCAGGCCUGCUCUCCUCAUAUACUUUAGCAGAAUAAAAUCUUGCUUAAGUCUUCAGCAAUUCUGCAUCAGCAGAUCUACUUUGGGAUCUACUUGAUCCGCCUUCUGAUAUUUUUUCAUUUUGUUUUCCAGUUACAUGUGUUUAUUUCCUCUCCUUUGCCCUUAAAUAGAAGGAAACAAGAAAAAACACUUGAAACAAAUAAUGUGCUGUCAAGCAAAACAAAUUCAUUUUGAAUAUUUUUCUUUUACUAAUUUUAAAAAUUAUCACUUAUUAAUGGCUUAUUCUCGUAUUUUUAAAUGAAAUGAACUUGCAAGAGACAUGGCAAAUGUCCAUUUGUUUAAUUGGGACAGUUAAUUGGACAUAAAGAGCAUUACUUCAGUAAAGUCAGAAGGGAAAACAGCUUCAGCCUUCCUAGCUCACAGUGGGAACAGCAGAAAGAGGCGCUGCUCAGGAUGCCUGAAAAGUAAGU